AACUUGGAUCCGUCGUUUUUGUCAGGUGGUACUGUCUAUUCUACCAAUUGACUAAAGACACUCGAUGGGAACUCCUUUGGAUCAACUGGUGGAGAUGGGGUUUCCCAGGGAAAGAGCAGAGAAGGCAUUGAUUGCAUCAGACAAUAAGGGUGCUGAAGCAGCUAUGGAAUGGUUGUUAUCUCACUCGGGUGAUCUUGAAUGUGGACAUGUACUUGGCCAGACAGAUUCAGAGGGCUCUGGAGUUCAGCUUGGUGGAGAAGUUGGUGGAGAUCAGCAACAACAUCUACAAGCAUUAUCAAUUAAAUGUGAUGAAUGUGGAAAGUUACUUUGUAGCGAGAAAGAAGCUCAAGCACAUGCUACCAGAACUGGUCAUAGUCAAUUUUCUGAAUCAGUUGAAGAGAUAAAACCUUUGACUGAAGAAGAGAAGAAAGAACAGCAGAGAAAGCUUCAAGAUCUUCUUAAGCAAAAGCGAGCAGACAGAAUAGAACGAGAGAAAAACGAAGAGAAAGAAAGAGAAAAGGCAAGAAGAAAAGGUGGGAAAGAACUCGCUGAAGCCAAACAAAAACUAGAAAUUCGUGAAGCUCAAAAGCUUGCAGUGCAAAAGAAGCGUGAACAACAAGAAGAUGCUCUAGCUAGGCAAAGAGUUAGAGACCAAAUAGCAAGAGACAAAGCUGAGAGGCAGUCAAAGGCCAAAUUAGAGAAGCAAACUGCUGAAGCUACUAUACCCUCGUCUAUUCAGUCAGUCUUAUCAGAAUCAAAAGGGUUAACUAUUCAAAAGGACUAUACAGAGUGUCGUUUGCAGAUUAGGCUCACUGAUGGGUCGGCUUUGAGAAAUGCUUUCAAGCCAACAGAUACUAUACAGACUGUCAUAGACUAUGUGGCAGCAAAUAGAAAAGAUUCUGCUGGGUCUUUUGUCUUCGCAACUUAUCGAGGCACAAAAGAUUUUGGACCUGCUGAUGCAUUUCUGACGCUGCAAGAUGCAGGCCUUGUUCCUUCAUCAGUUCUCAUUGUCAAGAAAGUUUAGCUGCGCACUAGGCAAGAUACGCGGCAUACUGUAUUAUUACUAGGAGAUGUAGGAGUGCUUUCUUUAGCUUUGUAAUAAUAGAUUAAUGGUAAAUGUUGCUUUGAACCAAUGUUGAUCUCUGGAGGUUAAGCACACGCGGAUAACGUGGAACUUAAAUAACUGUUCA